AAUGUUCCAGAACUGCCACGACGAGGCCUCCAAGUUCUUGAGGCUGGCGGCCAAACCUGGAAGCUCAGUGCUAGAGUUCGAAGACUUUGACCCGCUCGUACAGGACGUGGUGGAGACCCACCCAGGGCUGACAUUUUUACAAGAUGCUCCAGAGUUUCAUUCUCGUUACGUCACCACAGUCAUUUCCCGCAUCUUGUUCUGUGUGAAUCGAUCGUGGUCGGGGAGGAUAUCGCUGCCUGAGCUACGCAAGUCCAACUUUUUACAGGAAUUACGAGGACGACUUUGAGCCCGAGGAUGAUGACGAGAUUCUCCGAGAGGAGAUGUUGCGACUGGCAGACGCUGGCCCCUCACAGCGUGGCUCGCCUGGCCAGUCUCUCACCGCCGAGGACAUCUACGACUUCAGCGGGACCACCAAUCUGGGCUACUGAUGAUGUCAUGCCUUGUGGUGGCACUGGCAAUUUGAGGUGGGGGGAUGAUACCUUGUUAUUAUCUUCAUAUAUUAUGGCUUACCGCACUUUGGCCUUGUCAACCAUCCCUCCUCCGAAAGAAGUUGUUGGGAGAAAAAGAUCUGGAGUACGGUUACCUGAAAGUUGUCCCGACGGAUUUCCUCAUUUCGGUCAGCAAUGUGAGGUGAGACAUAGCCACAACCCUAUUUUGACCCUCACGGUGACCCAGAUGUUGUUACUAGCAGCUAGGUGGAGCAGUUGACAAUGGGUGGCUAUACUUAACUUUUACCAUAACUGUUUUGUCUCAUCAUCGUUGUUUGAUCGUUGUACACUCACACUAAAUAACGAAGAACUGUACGCCUGAUCAGAGCUGGAGUUGUUCAUUUUCUUUCACAUGACUCAUCUUUUUGCUGCUUUUUUUCCAACCGUUUGUUUGUUUGUUUGUUUUUGUUGUUUCUCCGAUGUGGUUACGUGGCUUCUCAUCUCGGACUGCUAAAGUUUUGUUACCGUUCACUGCACACUGUUUGCUACGUGUACCGUAUAGCACGGAUAGGCCGAACACAGACGACUUGAAAUCUCACAUCCAUCUAACUGUGCCUGCCGUCCCAGGUUUUUUUGGGGGGGAAGGGGGGG